UCCAUCUCCAAGGCGAUAGUCUGCGGUCUGGCAGCACCCUACCUUUGUUGCGCAGCCAACUUCACGCGAGACGCAUCGAAAACAAAAAGUACUGCAAAGAAAGUGAUAAAGAAAACCGAAAUAAAAAACUCGUGAAGAGGACCAUGAACGUAGACCUGCGAUCGUACUCGCGCCACUGGCUCACGGAGUUCAUCGAACAGUACCAGGAGGAGGAGUGCUUAUGGCAGCCCAAGCACAACGACUACAGCAAUCACGCAGCCCGGAACAAGUCCUACGACCGCCUGGUGGAGAAGCUAAAAGAAGUGGAGCCCAACCCGGACAGGGCGAUGGUAGUAAGGAAAAUCAACUCGCUACGCUCUGCUUUCCGGCGGGAAUUCCGCAAGACGUACACAAAAAACGACUACGAAACGCGUUUGUGGUACUACGACAAGCUGCUUUUCAUCGCUGAUCACAAACCCAAGCGCCACGAACUCGGCUCCAAGCCCAAGAGAGAACUCCACAUCAGCUUCGACGACGAGGAGUCAAUGGAGUUUGAGGACGACUCACAUCACACGGGCACACAGUCUCAGCACGUGGAAUCCAUAAUACCCACGUCCCCGGACGAAGUGGAAGAUGUUGCGGCGGCGGCCAGCAAUGUGGUCGUCAGCAGUCAGGGCGCCACUCUGAGCACCAUUUCGGUGACGCCCGCGGAAUGCGUAACCCUUGUUAAGAGCGAGGAGCACCAGGCGGCUGAAGCGGCGGCAGCAGCAGCCCAAGCGCACCAGCAACUGGUAGCCCAUGCAGCAGCUCAGACUUCCAUUGCGGCGGCGACAGCUCAGGGACAUGCCGUGAAGGUCCUGGAGAUCACCUCCCUAGACUCCAACUCCCAGCGAGAGAUACAACAGGCCGUCAAUCAUUUGGAGCACCACCAGCAGCAGCUGCACCUACAGCAGACGAAUGGUCAACAUCAAGGCGUGCCUACUAUCCAGAUUGGCCGCGAUCACUAUCAGCCCUUGUUUGGCAAUGCCAGCACCACUGCUUAUACCACCGCAGCGGCUCCAAGCACUUCGCAUAGGCACGACGACGAGUACGAUGCCAUUGGCGUAAAUGUGGCCAGCAAACUGCGAUCCAUUAACCCCACGCAGCGGAUCGUGGCCGAGAAACUGAUCAGCGAUGUUCUGUUCAAUGCCCAGCUGAACAACCUCACUGUCAACUCUGCCCUCACGCAGUAAUCUCCCUCGUCCCUAGGCUAAGUUAAUGUAGUCCUUGGCUUUAUCGCUCCAUUUUCUGUGUCCAAACCUGCAGCCUGGCCAACAUGUGUCGUCCGGGCAGCAGCUGAUUGUACCAUACCGUUUGCAUGUAGUUUUAAUUAUUCUAUACAAUAAAUAGAUUGUAUGUCUUAAGCUCA